AUGUCACAACAAGGAGCGACUUUGCAAACGUACAACAAUGAGCUAGUGAAAUGUAAGUGAUGGUUUUUCAAUAGACGUCAUUAAUAAUGGGUUGAGUCAAGUAAAACUCGAUAAAUAAAAAGUGACGUGGUUUGAGAUAGUCUAUCGACCUUCGUUCAGGUUUGUAGUGUACUGUACAGGUUUUUGCACGCUAAUAUCUAAAAAUUUCAUUUCAUAUUCAAAAACUCGCUUCUUUAAAUUAAUGUAUCAGGUAUAGAGGACCUUUGCACCAAAAGAGACGAACUUCAGAAACAAAUACUUAACGAAGAGGAGGAGAAAGCAAAAAUUCAAAACGACAUUCGAAUUCUCAGCGAAAGGUUGGCAAAAAUUAACGAAAGCCUCGCUAAAAAGAUAGCUUCCAGAACUGAGUACGACAAAACGAUUGCUGAGACAGAAGCAGCUUAUAUGAAGGUGAGCUUUAACUUACAAGAAAAUAACCUAUUGUGGUCAAUUUGUUCAGAAAAACACUCUGACUGCUACUCAGGGAGUGUCCUUAAAAUUACGAAUGUCAAAUUUGGUACCCAAACCCCUCCUUUACCAUUGGAGAUUUGGCGGCAGGGGAGAUGGAGAAGUGAGGAACUUUUAAAAAAUUGAACCUUAACCUCCAUCUUAAUCAGUGGAAUCGGUGGUUGAAGGAAGAGGGAAUACUUAAGAUUCACUCACAAGCUAAUAGGAAUAGAUAUAGAGAGCAGGGACCUUAGUUGUACAAAUUGGGAGUUGCAUCAGCUUAAUGACUGAAAUGUCUGAAUUCAAUCCUUGGGCCAGGGUCAAUCAACUCGUUGUGUUUUGCUCUUGAAAAGUACUCUUAGUUCCUGCAAUGCCUCAGUCUACCCAGGGCCCAGAUGUUCAAAGUGCAGAUAACACUUUCCCACAAAAAAUUUGCUAUCCAGCAGUUGAGUGUCAACAAAACAUACUGCACUAUCCACCAGAUAGAAAUUUAUCCUGUGGAUAGCAUUAUCCACCCUUCGCAAUGGGUUAGGAUAACUCCCAGUCACCUCAUGGUAGGCUGUGGCAAUUUGGGACCAGUUAGUUCAUGACUAUAAUGUAAAGUUAUCUACUGAAGACUUAACCUUUUGUGUUUGUACAGAAAAGGCAGAGCUUGUGUAGCAUUUGGACAAGGCAGUGACAAAUCAACAUUCCUUUGUGACCAAAGUGCCUUAAUUUAACAGUAACUGGCCAAAUAGUGGUCAGCCAAAAAGGGUUAAUUUAGAUGGAAAUUUACCUGGACCACAAAGCCAAUUGUUAGCCCAUUAACUUCCAAGAUCUAAGACUCACAUCUGCUAAGUGGUGAUAAAACAUUUCUUCUUCAGUUGGUCUGUGAGGACAAAAUCUGCUAUUUGUUUAUUUUCUUACCAUGGUUCUUUAUGAACUGUGUAUUGUUAUAACAAUUUUAAAAGAACCAGGUGUCAAUUUCGACAUCAAACUGAUAUGAAAUAACAGUCAUUAGCACUUUCCACAGUGAUUACUUGUAUAAAAGAAGGGAAUUAAUAGACAAAAAAAAUGGAGAAUGUACUGAUUCAAGCAUUACAUUCAGUGCAGGUUGCAUCACAGUUUUAAUUCCCAUGGACAGGACACUGAAAUAUUCAGUAUAUGGUUUUCUCGAAAGAUUUGGGAUGGGUCUAGUUUUUGGGUAAAAGAAUCCCAAAAAGAGAUGAGUGUGAAGCAGGACCAGAAAAGGAGCCUUAAAUUUUUGGGUUCCUCUCUGCAUGAGGUUUGAUGUUUGAACUGGGCCUAAGAUACAGACAAUCCUAAAAAUGGAGGAAUGAUUUUGAUGCACUACUUAUCAGAAUUUGAGUUGUGUCAAUGAAUAACUGCAAAUUUCAGUUAUUCAUUGAAAUAACUCAAAUUCUGGUAAGUAUUGCAUCAAAAUCAUUCAAACAUACAUUUUGUUUUUGUUCCAGAUUCUUGAAAGUUCUCAAACACUUCUCCAUGUUCUAAAGAAAGAGACAGGGAAAGAUAAAUCACAGCCAAGUCACAGCCAGGGAUCACUUCGUGAAAAGACUGGAACACAAACAUGA